GCUGGGCGCCGCGCUCGGGCGCGAUUUCCAACGCGGGAAAGCACCGAGCGAGUCGGGCUCGCCGCAUCAGCUCCUGCCAGUGAGAUCGCGGGACGGGAACGGAAUCAAAGGCGCCGCGAUACGCGCAACGCUGGGAAUGACUGACUUUACACCGCAGCGACUAACGGCGGCACGUUAACGGCGGGAGACCCCAUCCGACUGCGCUUAGUAACACUUUCCCGCGUUUUAACCCAACGGUUUUUAAGCUUCGUUUCGCGAUGGCUGACAGCAAGCAUCAGGCGAUGCUUUGUAACGACUCGCCGAAGAGAGUCCUGGUGUCCGUGAUCAAGACGACCCCCAUCAAACCGAGAGCGGCGGACUCCCUGAUGCCCACCAGCCCCGGCUUCAGUGAUUUUAUGGUGUAUCCGUGGCGCUGGGGCGAAAACGCGCACAACGUGACUCUGAGCCCCGGGUCUGGGAGCGGAACCGCCUCGCCGACCAGAAACAGCGGCUCUCCCGCCGAAUCAGACGUCAGCUCCUGCCCCGAACACCUCAAGGACGGCAUUCGUCGGGGACGCCCGCGGGCGGACACCGUCCGGGAGCUGAUCAACGAGGGCGAGAACUCCACCAGCCGCAUCCGCUGCAACAUCUGCAACCGCGUCUUUCCCCGCGAGAAAUCUCUCCAGGCGCACAAGCGCACGCACACGGGUGAGAGACCGUACCUGUGCGACUAUCCGGACUGCGGGAAAGCGUUCGUCCAGAGCGGACAGCUGAAGACCCAUCAGCGCCUGCACACCGGAGAAAAACCCUUCGUCUGCUCGGAGAAAGGUUGCGGCAGCAGAUUCACACACGCUAACCGUCACUGCCCCAAACACCCUUACGCCCGGCUGAAGCGCGAGGAGCCCGCCGGCCGCCCCGGGAAGUCACAGGGGGCCGAUAACAAGGCUGUGGCCGAGUGGCUGGCGAGAUACUGGCAGAUGAGGGAGCAGAGAACGCCGGCUCCGACUAAAGCAAAGACUCUGAGCGAGAGCGCUCUGGAGGACCAGGAGCAGCAGGACCCUCUGGACUUCCUGCCGUCCGACGAGGGAGAAGAGGAGGAGCCGGACGAGGAGAAGAGCGGCGGAGGCACGGCGCGGAGGCGUCUUCAAGAGCAGCGCGAGCGUCUUCACGGCGCGCUGGCGCUCAUCGAGCUAGCCAACAACCUCUCUGCCUGAGGGACCUCCGAGGCCCGCCCGGGGCCCAUAUAAGCUACAAGCACCUUAUUUUGCUUCCUCUUGUACUUUUAGGCUGCUAUGAUGGUAGUGAUAUCAUUAUAUGAAGAAUGUCGUCGUUUUCUCAGCUUGUCAAGGAGAUGAUGAGACGUCUCGUGUUUGUUUCGUUGUGCACUUUUGUUUGUUUCUCUGGGGUUUGUGUGUGUGAUUUUUGGCGUGCGUGAGUGUGUGUGUGUGUGUUUUGAAACAGGGUGCGGUGACUGACCUGCUAAAGAUGAAGACUUACGACAGAUGGCAUAGCGCUUUUAUACAUUAGUCCGGUUCGCUUCGUACGCCGUCGUCCAUCACAUCGGUCAUGUUUAAUCAUGUAUUUAUUCUCUAUUUAAAGCCACCGGCUCAGGCUUCACAAUAACGUCGAUUAAAACUAACCAGCUUUAAGAUGCCGCAUUGGUACACGCUUCUAAACUAGUGCAUAGAGUCGAUGGGUAAACCGCAGAAGCACUUACGUUAUUAAU